AUGGAUGCUUUCAAUUUUUUCUUAAUCUCUACUACAUGGUUUUCAGGGAAAGAAUAUGGCAAGGCAGAUUCAAGGUGGCUUUAUUCAGACCCAACAAUUGUUUCUUUAGAGAUUCUUACAGUUGUUAUCACAGGACCUCUUGCCCUGAUGCUAAUUCAUGCCAUUUACUUCAACAAACAUUACAGGUAAAGUAAUUGCUUUGAUUUUAUGUCAUUGCCAAGGAUAUGUUUCAGGAAAAUUGAAGGGCUGUGGGGCUGUCAUUAGAAGCCGGCAUUUUUGCUGGCUACUGCAGUAAAAUCAGCCUGCUACUUUCAGUCUGGAAAUGAUGAAAAAUAACAAAUAUAGGAGGAUCUGAGUUGAAAUACCGUAAAAUUCCAAAAACAUAUUUUUAAAAGGCCCUUUUUUUUGAGGGGCAUAUGUUGGGAGGGGCUUAUAUUCGGGGGGGCUUAUCUACAGAAGGAAAUUUGCGUUUCAAAAUCAAUUGGGCUAGCCUGAAAGUUGAAGUAAUUUUAUCUUUUUUGCGUUUUUUUUACUUUGCAUUUGAGGGCAAUUUUCCAAGUACAAGCCCCUGAGGGGAGGGGGGCUUAUAUUUGGAGGGGCGAUGUAACGGAGGGUUUUUUGCGUUACCAGUUUGGGGGGCUUAUAUUUGGAAGGGCUUAUUUUCGGAAUUUUACAGUAUAUGAAAUGAAUCACAUUUUGAACUGGUGAUAAAGCAGUCAAGCCGGAAUUUUUUCAGGUCCUUUUUCAACCACUUGGUUUGUUCAUUCAACUGCGAAGAUCAUGUUCACUUUCAUAGGAGGAUUUUUGGGAUGAAUGACCAGCUACUUUAAUUUCCCUGAGAGACCAGCCACUUUAAAACCUUAAUGAAAGCCCUGAGAGAGUGCUUGACACUGAAAUGCAAAAUUAAAUAUAAUUUAUUUAUGCUAAAAGACCAAUUUCAAUAUUAUUAAAAUUCAGACUUGGCAUCAAGGCUUUGGGGAACAGAACAAAAGAAAUGAUCUUGAGGCUUAGCAAUGAAUAAUACAUUAAUUUCUUUUGUUCAGGGUUCAUACAGAUUUUUUGAUCCAAAAUUCAAAACUUUUUCCAGCCUUUUUUCCAAAACAAUAAUUUCUUUUUCCAGACUAGGUGAUCAAUAGGGACCUUUAAAAAUGCAGGAAUAAAGCUCCUUUCAUCAUACAGUUGAGACUGAAUAAGAUUUGACCAAAACAAAACAAAAAAUCACUUAUAAAUUUGUUGUUGCUUUGAAAAAAAAAAACUCAAGACUUUUUACCAUUUUUCCAGACUUUAUUUCCAUUUUCCAGACUUUUUCCAGGUUUAGAAAACUGCUGGGCAAAUUUCAAGACUUUUUCAAGAAUUCAAGACUCUGUUAGAACCCUGUUUAUUUUAUUCCCCCCAGCAGAGCCAAGUACAAAUUUAAUAUACCGAAAUAAAUGGUCUAUUCUCUGUGUUAUUUUAACAGGCAUUUUGUGCAGAUAACACUAUGUGUUUGUGAGCUGUAUGGAGGUAUGACUGCAUUAUGCCAUUUAUCAUUUGCCCUCUUAAUGGAAGUAGAUUUUAUUGAAAGAAGAGUGUUUUCAAGUGCUUUGAAAUGAUGAUUAUUUCAUGGUUAAAUUGUUGAACCUUAAACCCAAAACCAUUGAUGCUGCACCUCCCUGAAAAAUUGUAAGGUCACCACAAAUCUAAUCACGUGUUCAGAUUAUUAUAUUGUCGAUUAGCAAUAUUCACUAAAAAAGGGAAAUUAUAAAGAACAUCCAUGACCAUGGUUCACUGAAGUCCACGGACAGUUGUUGGGUGGGUUUUGGGUAGUUAUGUACCAUUCAUUAGCCUGCAUUAUAGACAAAAUUAAAGCUGUGGUUCUCUUGUUCUGGAUCCCCCCCCCACCCCCCUUGAGUAUCUGCCAUGGCCAGCCUGUUAAAAAAAAGGCAAUCUCGAUUUACUAAUCUGUUUAAAGGGAAAUAUGAAAUUGGAAACUUUUUGAGCCCUUUGGAGGCCAGAGCAAGGAUCUCAGCACUGCCUUGCAGACGUUGCUAGCCCAGAUAGAUAACACCUGUGAAGGCUAGUGCCACAUAGGUCUCCAAAUUGUUUAAGAAAACAAAAUUGCAUUUAAAGUGCAAACACUUUAUAUUUGUAGCUAUGUUGAUUGGAAAAUUCUUUGUCCCAAAGUUGCUUUUGAAUAUUUUUGUGAUAAAACAAUUUAUUCUGUUAUAAAUAUGAAUAUCUCUAAACAGGCUGGAUGACAUUUUGUCCUGAAUGGCUGGUUGGAAGCCCAAGUUUGGAUACAAGUUUUCCUCUUUACUUAUGGUUAUAUUUAGUAUUUUUCAAUGGCCUCUGGGUUAUAUUUCCUCUUCUGUUACUAUGGCACUCUUGGAAAGGGCUGGAAGUAAUGUACAAGUCUAUGACAACAAUCACAACAACCUCCAAAAAGAAGAAAAAAUAAACCACAGAAGGAGCAUUGUACUCAAUGGUCAUCAGAAAAAUACAGUAAUAAUGUACUAAAAAAUCAAUGUCAAUGAAACUCUAAAUUGGUUAAAUCUAAAGUUGAUUACCUUUGUAUUAUAUAUAACCACCAAUGAAAUACCAGGCGAGCUUUAGCACUAAAACAUCAUAUCUUCACAUGAGAAAAUAACAUGUUAUUUAUUUUUAACCUCAAAGUUAUUUUCACCUCCAAAAUUCAUUUUGUAUUUUUAAUAAUAUGUGGCAAUCAGAUUCUUUUUAUUUUUGAGUAACUUAAAAGAAGUAUA